AUGUGGCACGAGCCUUCUAAGGCCGAAGCAUCCAAGUCUGCUUUGGAAAAGGACCCAUCGGCUACUGCGCGCUCGUCGAUUCGCCGAGGACCAUCGCGGCACAGUAGCUCCCGCGCGCGCCGCGCCGAUAUCCUGGCUUCUUUUCAUUCACAGAUCAUUGAUGAGCUCCGACGGGGCACCGCGGAACCCAGACGCGUGCCGCGAUUUUCUUUCAUACCACCAAAUGGGGCUAUCGAGAAUGCAGUGGCUCUGGAACAGGCCGAACGCGAUGCUCUCGUCUGGGCUCAGUCGCGCGCCGCCAGUGCACCCCGACAGACAGAGCCAGCCAACCAGCUGUUCAGGAAUCAUCGUGAUCAAGCCUUGACCGAGCUCCUCGGUCGUAUGGACGGUCAGCCCAGAAAUUCCCAAGCAAGCCCCUCAUUGACUCCCAACUUCGCCCCCGCUCGCGCAUACCACCAUACCAGCGCUUCUUCGACUCCUCCGGACAGCGGCGUUCGUCUCCCCCCUAUGCGUGAAAGAUACAACAGUGAUCGCGCCUCCAACACCUCAUUCCCACCAGAGAUACCUGAAUACCGGUCUAGUAACACACAACCCCGAUCAACCCGAGACCCUGUCGUAGACGGGCUUGGGGAUCGCCAGCGCAGUCCUAGUCCAGACGCAGAGCGGGAAACCGAUGCGUGGGAGACUUUGCUCUCAACAAUUACGCCUGAUGCGACUCUUCCAUCGACUGAUACGUCUUUCACCUCAACAUCUGCCGCUGCUCCAGAUAUUUCGCGCAAUGCUCGUCCUCGGAGCUCUGUUAACUUAACGCAGCCGAUGACCGCGGAAGCUGCCCGUGCUCACUUUGGACUUGACCCCUAUCCUGACCAACUCAACCCUUGCGACUUCUCUUCCUCCGAUGACGAGGAUGCUCCCUCUACUUUUCAUGAAUUCAUUGGACGGGUAGGCCGUCGUCCCGAUCAGAAUUCGACGAUGAGCAACCAUCCUCCCGCCCCUGUCCCCGUGAUAAUUCCUGCAAGCGUUCUCACUCUCUCUGACGGUCGCCGCCCUAAUCCCUCCCUCUCCGACCGUCACCACCAAAAUGAUGAUCUCCACCACAUGCAGGUCAUCUUGGAUCGGCUUGCCCGCCGUGAGGAUAUUCCUGACGACUGGUGGGCCGCGGCCGGCCUUGCACGCACUCUCGAUCGUGGUCUCAGUGCGAGCAUAGACUCCACUGACACCGAAGGCGCUUCUCGAACCAACCGCAACAAUUGA